AUGAUGAAGGACAAAGUUCAUGUGAAACCGAAGCUUCACCACUCAAGCUAUUCCUCAUCUCCAAACUCGGCCAGCUCUUCUUUCACUUCAUGGCGACAAUCUAGUACUGCCGAACCUGCCAGCCGACAGCCGGCGUUAAGCAUGCCCUUAGAGGUGUCCACAAGCGCCAGCCCCGCUUCUAGCUCCCUGCGGAUCGAGCCUGAAAUCAGCCAGCCAGCUGACGCAUCAUCUUCUUUCUGUCCAUCCUCCUCAUCGUCGUCCUCCUCAUCCUCAUCCUCAUCCUCCUCAUCCUCUUCUUUACCCACUUCCUCUUCCUCCUUCUCGGGCUCUGUCAAUACCACUGCCGUUGGAGGCGUAUCGACUGGCAUCACUUCUUCUGCCCCUUCCUUACCUGUCUUCCGGCAAGGCGCUAGUGUUGACAACUCUUUCGGUCAGCCUUCCAGCCUCCAGAUACCUUUUUCGUCGCCUUUAUUGUGUCAAAGUCUGUCGCAAUCAACGAUACAGUUACCGUUGAUUCAGCCUUCUUCCUCCAUUCGACAAAGUGAUGCAAGCCUUGGUAAGGUAGGAGGAUGUCACUGCUACGCCUGCUAUGAUCUUCGACCGGCCGAGACAUGUAGCUCCGAAGAGGUCGGAGCUUGUCGGUCAACAGGUCGCAAGACAGGCCAGGCAGACAGAGGCAUUAUAUCUUCUUCCCCACAACAAUGGUUAAACCCUCAACUGAUUCAACCUCAGCCUCAGCCCCAGUCUCAAACCCAGACUCAGCUCCAGCCUCAGCCUCAGCUUCAGCUUCAGGCUCAGCAUCAACUUCAGCCCCAGGUUCAGCACCAGCUCCAGCUCCAGCCUCAGUCCCAACCACAAGUUAAUUAUCAACCUCAGCUCCAGCAAAUUUCCCAACAUCAACACCCAAAACAAUUCCUGGUUCAGCCAACUACCCAAUCUCAGCCUCCCCAACCUCCUCAUCUUCAACUUCAACCUCAUAUUCAUCCUCAGCCCCAGUCACAGCAUCAGAUUUAUUCACAACAACAACAACUCAAUCUAUUGCCGCAGCAAUCAGUAGACCCUUGCCUCGUACAGGUAUCACCUCUGGCCUCCAGUACUACGCCUUCUCAAUGCUCCUCUCUGGUUCCUCCACUCUCUACACAUAUUCCUGCCCUACCACCUCUGCUGCUCUUACCGCCACCUCUUCAUCUUCCCACCGCCGGAUAUCCUGGACUUCAAGUAAAUCAAGCUAUGAGGUUUGAUUAUUUGGUGAAGGCACCGCAGGUUCAGCACAUGCAGCAACUUCAAAAGCUGGCCAGAAUGCCGAAAGAGCAGCAUGUACAGAGGCCACAACAUCAGCUACAAAUGCAAGUGCAACCACCCCUACCCCUACCACCACCAGCAGCACCAGCACCACUACCACAACAACAACACUUUAAUACACAGGCAUCUACAACGAAUCAGCUAACUCUGCUUGCCAGACAAUUACAGGGCCAAGUGGAUUCACAGCUCACAAACUCAUUAAUUCCAGAGACCCUUCUUUCAGUUUUGAAGCCACCGGGGCACGAAGAAGGUAUGGUCCAACCUAAUCGGAAAAGUGAGACAAAUGGCAAGAUUGAAGGGGGAAAAUUCGAGACUUUAAACAAGGGAAAAGGAGAAAGUCUUCUACAAAACUUGGUUCAAGUGCAUCCUCCAGAAUUUCGCCAAAUGAGUAAGCAUUGCAUAACCUAA